AACCGACCGCUCGUGUUCACGAAAACGCGGCUCGCCGCGGGCGAAUCGAUGUCGCCGCACUGCGAGUUGGAGCCGCGAGCGCCGAGCAGUUAGCACGCGACUGCAUCGUCCGCUUGGAGCGACGACGGCGUCAUCACCAGGGACUAGGACCAGUCCAACCUCGGUAGCGGGGACGAGGAGCAUCCUGGAGCAUUGUGCGAGCCAGGACUACUCUGGGUUUCUCUUGCAACAGGGCGAAAGUAGACAAGGCAAUCGACGAGGCCCUGACGCAAGCUGGAGAAUCGUGCGAUCUUGGUGACCUGGGCAUGGUUUUAGUUGUGACGGCGGGGCGAUGACGCUCAAUCACCGUCCGCCGUCAUCAGCAGGAGUCCCUCCGGACUCACCCAGCUUCCUGCUUCCGGUCUCCGACGAUUGCCGCUAUUUGGCGAGGAACAUCGUGAAAGCACGCGCGACCGUUGCAGCCGGCAGAAAAUAUGAGAGACCGCCCCCAUCAUUACCGAGAUCACGCCAUGCCACUCGAGGAGGCUCAAGGGCUGUUACUUCCACCCUCCAGAAUAGGUAACCGGGGACCUCUGAAUGUGACAAUUGUACAGGUUGGCAGAGGAAAUGGAGGAGGUGGAGACGGCGGAAGUGAUUUACUGAGAUUGGAGCCGCCAUCGGAUUUAAGACCAGCCCCGUCGCCCCUAUCUGACACCAGUGCUACCUUGCAGUCUGACAACAAUGACACUUCGGUUGGAGGUGUCGAUCCAAGACUAUUGUUGGGAACCGGUGGUGAUCGCAAUACUUGGGAAGGUCGCUAUCACGUCAAGGAACAUCGACGUGCUGGGAAAGCCACCUUCCAGGGUCAAGUUUACAACUUCCUGGAACGUCCUACCGGCUGGAAGUGCUUCCUGUACCACUUCUCUGUGUAAUCUUUUAUCGAUGAUGGUGCAUAUUGUGAUAGAUGAUUAAGUAAUCUGGAAAUAUAAAGUGAUGCGGAAGGGGGACUUGGCAAAAAUUCAAAACGUCCUAACGUGGAGAAAGAUGAUAAGUGAAAUCGCCGUUCUGAAGAAAAACCGUUUUUCGUUAUAUUGCGCAAAAAAGAGAAACUCUACUGACGUUUCAUGCGCGAAAGCUACAAGCGACCGCAAGCGGAGCGAUUCCUUUGGGUCUGCGAAAAAUUACUUUUUUUUUCUAACUUGGCAAACUCGGCAGUAUAUAUGUGCACGUGUCUGUACCUGAGACAACUUCCAGACAAUUUCGUUGAGCGCAUGCAAGUAAGCCGUACCGCUUGAUCGCUCUUUAGCCGAAGCUUUAACUGGAGUCAAUUGUAAGAUAAACCGACGAGAUCAUGAACGUGGCGUGCGAGAAAUGAUUUCAUUGUUAAUCGCAAUGGACACGAGUACCGUGGAUAGGUUAUCGAUGGA